CUAUGUUUCAGCCAAUAACGAAAGAAUCGCUACGUUUCGCAGUGCUGACAUUUCUGACGGGAUGGAGAAGGUUCUGCGACGAGAGAUCAGUCGCGCACUCUCGUCGCCGCUGACAGUUUUGGGGGCAUGUGGAGUGCAUGCGCAGAGUUGCGAGAGGUGAGCUGAUUCGAUCCAGCUUCGUCCCGACAGGUUCGUCGGUCGAUCGAUCGAUCGAUCGAAGUAGCAGUGGAUCUGCUCAAUAGCAAUUCCACGCCCUGGAGUUGUCCGAUCUCGGAUUGUGCAGGUGCGUGAUUCGGCUAUGAGGUCCAACACGUACCGGUGAACAUCAGAACGGAGAGCCAGGGGAGGAGAGAGCAGCAGCUGGAAGCGGACGGCGAUGGCUCCGCCGCUGUGGACUUCUACGGCAGGAAGAGAGGACGAUGGGAACCACGUCGAGGCGGACGCUGACAUUGUGUAUCAUCCGAUUAGGGCUGAGGGAGCGAGCAAUCGUCCUGAAGAAUCUCAAUAUGGGUCAGCCGCUGUGAGUGGUGUCGCCAAUGGACAUCAUGAGAACGGGUCGGCGAUGGUUGCUGGAGGGAGCUUAAGCAAUGGGCGGAGGCCACAGGAAAGGAUCGUGACUGUGAAUGGCAUGGAGUUCCAUGUCUAUGGCAAUGCGAGUGGUUUGGAGCUUUUGUCGCUGUCAGAUCGUGAAGAGCCAUUGAAUUUACCGGACAGUGAUGAAGAGGAGGAAGAAGAGCGCCGGAGAGUCGAGGCUGAGCGAGCGAUUUUCGAAGCCAAUCAAGCUCAUGAAGCAAGACGAGCUGCUCCUCUUCCUGAGGAGCAUCGGACCAGAAUACUCAAUGCUAUGAAAGCAAUUGAUUUGGGAGGCUUUCGCCCUUCCUGGGCUGAUUCCAUUCCCGAGGAUCAAUGGCUUAACAAAUUCACUAGUAAAGGAAGUUCUAGCACCUCCUGAAUAGAAGAUUAUCAAGCACUUUACACUCGAACCUUGUUCCUGAAACUCUAUGUUUCCUCUUAGCAUAUCGAGCACCUGCUCCUGAAAACCCUAUGACGGGUUGCAGCCCGUGCAGGAAAUACGCAAUGAGUCUACAGUCUUAAUUAUGCGCAAUGCCACAAGAGUUUAGCGAUCAAUACAUUGCAACUCAAUUCCAUGCGAGGGGAAUAGUCCAAGACGCAGAACCGAGUAACCUGAAGCUUGGAGAUGCUUUUCCGCUACAUGUUUAUUUCAAAUUCAGGCAUUGCAAUAUUUUUUGGUGUAUAUCAACUUCUCUUCUGUAUGUCCUGUCUACUAUUCUUGCCUAAGAAAUCAAAGCGUGUUUCGCAAUUGGAACUUGAUGUUUCUGAUAUUUAGUCAGAUACAGCAGGUUUUUCUACAGCACCGAUCUCAAUCAUCUUCAAGUUUUACAGAUUGUUUACCUGCCUGUGUAAGCCGAACAUAUCGUUGUUACGGUCAAUUUCAUUAAUCCAAGAAGACUUUCAUUUCGUUUCGAGAGGGUAAGAAGAGG